AUGAGUGCUAAACCUAUUGUGAAAUUCACCGUACCAAAUAUGGUCGAUAAAUGGACGAGGUUGGCACUGAGUGUUCGUGGAAAUAUGACGGAUUUGUAUUUCAAUUGUGUGGAGUAUGACAGAUAUAACACGGUCAGGACACCAGUACCUCUACCAUUCGACGCGGGAUCAACGUUGUAUAUCGGCCAGGGAGGUGGAGAGUUUAAUGGAAAAUUCUUGGGUUCUCUGCAAGAGUUGAGCUUGUAUUCCGACCCUGACACAGCAGCUAAGCAUUGUGACGUCAGGCAGGAGAGGCUAAAUGGACACAGACCCAACAGGCAUAAUGGCGAGGGAAGCGGUGGCCUCAUUGACACUGACGACGAAGAUAUGUUCGGUUCUGGCAAUGGCGAAGACAAGACAACAAUGACAGUGAUACCCGUCACCCAAACAAGUACGCCACCAACGGAUCUGUUAGCAGAGUGUUCCACCCUUGAUUAUCAGUAUCGGAUCAUAUCUGGCUUCCUGCUAACACCCACACCAGGACAGUCUAGACAACCACACCAGGACAGUCUAGACAACCACACCAGGACAGGCUAG